AUGGCGUGUGGCAGCAGGAGGACCAUCCAGCUGGUGAACGAGGAGGCAGGGCCUGGAACCAAGGGCCCAAAGCCCUUUCGGGGCCAGAACUACAAAGCAAUCCGAGCAGCCUGCCUGGAUGAGGGGAUCCUGUUCCGAGAUCCCUACUUCCCUGCUGGCCCUGAUGCCCUUGGCUAUGACCAGCUGGGGCCCGACUCGGAGAAGGCCAAAGGGGUGGAGUGGAAGAGGCCCCAUGAGUUUUGCGCUGAGCCCCGGUUCAUCUGUGAGGACAUGAGCCGAACAGACAUGUGUCAAGGGAGUCUGGGUAACUGCUGGUUUCUUGCAGCUGCUGCCUCCAUCACUCUGUACCCACGACUCCUGUCCCAGGUGGUGUCCCCGGGACAGAGCUUCCAAGAUGGCUAUGCAGGCGUCUUCCACUUCCAGCCCUGGCAGUUUGGCUGCUGGGUAGACAUCAUGGUGGACGACAGGCUGCCUGUGCGUGAGGGGAAGCUGAUGUCCGUGCGUUCGGAUCAGCGGAAGGAGUUCUGGGUCCCACUCCUGGAAAAGGCCUACGCCAAGCUCCAUGGCUCCUAUGAGGUGAUGUGAGGCGGCCACGUGAAUGAGGCUUUCGUGGACUUCACAGGCGGUGUGGGCGAGGUGCUCUACCUGAGGCAGGACACUCUAGGCCUCUUCUCUACCCUGUGCCAUGCCCUGGCCAAGGAGUCCCUCGUGGGAGCCACUGCCCUGAGUGAUCGGGGCAAGUACCGUACAGAAGAUGGGCUGGUGAAGGGACACGCAUAUUCAGUCACAGGCACACACAAGGUGUCACUGGGCUUCACCAACGUGCGCCUGCUGCGGCUGCGGAGCCCACGGGGCCGAGUGGAGUGGCCUGGGGCCUGGAGUGACAGCUGCCCACGCUGGGAUGCGCUCCCCGCUGAGUGGCAAGAUGCCUUACUGGUGAAAAAGGAGGAUGGCGAGUUCUGGAUGGAGCUGCAGGACUUUCUCUGCCGCUUCGCCACCGUCCAGGUCUGCUCGCUGAGCCCUGAGGUGCUGGUCCCCAGCCUGGCUGGAGGCGGCAGGCACAUCCAUACCUUCCAAGGCCGCUGGGUACGCGGCUUCAACUCUGGCGGGGGCCAGCCUGGUGCCGAAACCUUCUGGACUCACCCCCAGUUCCGGCUGACGCUGCUGGAGCCUGAUGAUGAUGAGGAGGAGGAGGAGGAGGGGCCCUGGGAGGGCUGGGGGGCAGCAGGGGUGCGGGGCCCCGCACUGGGGGGACGCACCCCCAAAUGCACUGUGCUCCUGUCACUCAUCCAGCGCAACCGGCAGCGCCUGAGGGCCCAGGGCCUCACGUACCUGACCGUGGGCUUCCACGUGUUCCAGAUCCCAGAGGAGCUGCUGGGCCUGUGGGACUCCCUGCGCAGUGGUCGCGCGCUCUUGCGGGGCCUGCCGCGCGCCAACCGCUCGCCCUUCUGCGCCCGCCGCGACGUGAGCCGCUGCUGCCGCCUGCGCCCCGGCCACUAUCUGGUGGUAGCCAGCGCCGCCCGCGCCGGCGACGAGGCCGACUUCACGCUGCGCGUGUUCUCCGAGCGCUGCAGUAUAGAUGAUGUGAUCAGCGCCGACCUGCGUGCCCUCAUGGUCCCCUACAUUCCCCUGGAGCUAGAGAUGGAGCAGCUGUUUCACGAGCUGACAGGAGAGGAGGAAGAACUCAAUGCCCCUCAGCUCCAGACCUUAUUAAGCAUUGCCCUGGAGCCUGCCAGGGCCCAUGCACGGACUCCCAGAGAAAUCGGGCUCAGGACCUGUGAGCAGCUGCUGCAGCGUUUUGGGCAUGGGCGAAGCCUCGAUCUGUACCACUUCCAGCAGCUCUGGGGCCACCUCCUGGAGUGGCAGGCCACAUUUGACAAGUUCGAUGAGGACGCCUCUGGAACCAUGAACUCCUAUGAACUGAGGCUGGCCCUGAACGCAGCGGGCUUCCACCUGAACAACCAGCUGACCCAGGCCCUCGCUAGCCACUACCAGGACAGCCGUCUGCGCGUGGACUUCGGGCACUUCGCGUCCUGCAUGGCCCAGCUCAUCUCCAUCUUCCGCCACUGCAGCCGGCACCUGGAUGGGGGCGAGGGGGGUCUGCCUGACCCAGACAGCCCGGACCAGGGUUUCCUCUACCAGAGAGGGGGCUGA